AUGGCCAAAGAUCCAGCCAGCAAGGCGAGCAAGCCCCGUGCGAAGGACAAGGACGGGCCAGUGGCAUCGACGUCCAAGACGAAAGCGAAGCAAGACAAGGGAACAACAGCAGGCGAGUCGGGCGAUGGCGCAAGCUCGGUCAAGAAGGGCAAGAAGAAGCGGACGGACGAUGCUGACGCUGAAAAGGCCGAGAAACCGACGACGAUGCGACUGAGCAAGGCUGAAAAUGCGGUCUAUGUUCACCUCCUGGAGGCAGCCAAGUCUGUCAAAGUGGACGUGCUCGAAGAAGCCCUCAAUCUCGAGCGCACGCAGCUCACGGCUAUCCUCAAUAAGCUAUCCGACGUGAACCUCACAGAGUAUACCCAAGUCGGCAAGCACCUCUGCGUACUCGCCCGCUCGCGACAGGAAGCAAAGACUCGUGCGAGUAUGCCUGUCGAGAACAAGCUCGUCUACGACACCAUUCGAGCUGCCGGCAACGUCGGCAUCUGGACCAAGACCCUCAAGACAAAGACCAAUUUGCAUCAGACGGUCAUCAGUCGCGUCCUCAAGCAGCUCGAAAAGGACAAGCAAGUCAAAUGCGUCAAGUCCGUCAAGACGCCCACGCGGAGGAUCUACAUGCUCGCAGAGCUCACGCCUUCUGCCGAGUUGAGCGGAGGACCCUGGUUCCACGAUAACGAGCUCGAUCUCGAUUUCAUCAACAUGCUCUGCAUGACAGUACUCAAUCUGAUCAGAAACGCAACCUGGCCCAAGGCCAAAAAGGGAGACAGUGGCGCCCUUCUACCCGCUAGUCACACGCCGCUGCUACCCAGCGUCUGGCAACUCCUUCAGGAGAUCCAGCAACUCCGGAUCGUCAACCAGCCUCUCACUGCAGACAACCUAGCAGAGAUCCUCGACAUCCUCGUGCUUGACAGAGAGAUCGAGAAGAUCAGAGUCGCUCACUUGCCGACCGAAUGGAUCGACGCUCUCGAGAGCGAUAAGCCCAAGGGUAGACCCAUCUACAGGGAGAGCUCGCCGGAAUCGAGCGACAUUGAUGCAGAUACCGACAUUGACGGGAGCGAUGACGACAAGCCCUUCCAGGCAAAUGGGAACGGCAAGAACAAACGCGCUCGCAAGGAUUCUCCUGGCACUGCAGCGCCAGCCCUCAAACGACCACGAAUCGGAUCCCCCCCGCUGGAGGAGGCUGGUGAGGAGGACGCAAAGCCGAUCGAUGGCCUCGUCUCGUUCAAGCGGUGCGGUGACACCGUCAUACCGCCGACCAACGAACCCUACAAUGUCUACCGAGCCCUUCGGCAUAGCACGCCCAAUCCAUAUAAAGCCCUGAUGUACAAAAGUGACGAACGCAAGGUCGCUCAGAUCAAGUUGACAGACCUCGAGAACCCCACAGACAUCUUUGGGCUCAAGAUGGGCUUGACCGAGCUCCCCUGCACAACUUGUCCGGUCAGGAAGCAGUGCAACAAUCGCGGGCGACCGCAAGUCUACGCUCCAUCGCCCAAUGCACCUUCUGCUCAAGUCAUGGAAAUGUAUCAGAGGUCGCAGCUGCAAUCGAGCAUCGCCAAGGGUACGGACGACUUGAUCAAGAUGAGAGUCCCGGGUUCGAGUACGAAGUCGCGCCUCGAUCCUGCUGCGAAAUACAGAGCUUCGCUCUCACACAACCCGGUAUCAACUGUCAAUCCGAGAGGUUGUAUCCACCUGAACAAGUGGCUCGAGAUUGGCUACGAGAAGUACCUCGAAACGAUCAAGGACGAAGACGACGAAGAAGAGGAGGAGGAGGCGCAGGAGGGCGUCUAG